AUGGCACCCUCAACCACCACCAUGAAGGAUAUUUCCGCCAAAGACCCCUUUUUCCGUCUCCCUUCCAAUGUCCGACAAAAGAUCAUAACAAACAUGGAUCGCUACGAAUGGUACGACAGUCUUUGUAAAGCUUCGGUGGUUAUGAAUCACGAGCGACAUACAAACAAGUUGACGAUUUGCUCGGAUUCUGUCUUUAACAAAUUUGAUCAGCUGUAUGAUCGCUAUAGCUAUAGUUCUCGCUGGGAGUCUCGCUGGCGUUUUAAAGCCGCUCAAGUGCGUUGUCUUCUUUCUGACGGUCACUUAUCAGAGGAUGAUUGGUUGGGUUAUUGGAAAUUCGGACUUGUUAAUCCCUUAUUUUCGACAAAACCUGAGAUUGUUUACGAUAUGGAAGCACUUCAUGGACGUUUUGGAGACUACUUGAGCCUGGGUCCCGAAAUAGUCCGUACAUUCAUCGAGAGGCACGCAGAUGAAUGCCUCACCCACCACAUCGUCAAGGCGUACGGAAAGCAUGGCGAAAGAUUUCCAACGACAUAUCCCUUGAAUAAAAGAGAAUAUGAUCACGUAACGACUUUUCUUAUUCUUGUAGAUGUCAUGGAUGUUUUGGCCCUCUCUGGUCCUACUCAUCCGACAAUCUUCUACCAUCAUCACAGGUAUAUCAUCGAAGAGAAUAACCCUGCCUCGGGAUUUGCAUCCGGUCUUGCCCUGCAAAUUGAAAUGUCAGUGCGAGAUGGGAUCAAGGCUGCGGCGGAAGAGGAAGAGUUGAGAAAACGGAGAGAGGAAAAGUGGGAGCAAUUCACAAAAGUAGUUGUUACUUACCGGAUACUUGAUCACGGAUCGGAUCAGGCAACAGAUGAGGAGGGAGAAGAAGAGUGGGUGUUUGUUUGA